GUUCCUAAAUCGAAUCUUGGGAUUAACUUUUUUACAGGAUGAAGUUACUUAUACCCUUGGUCGUAUUUUUAGUGGCGACUUUAAUACAAGAAGCCACACCACAAAGGCCAAGAAACAGACAGGCUCUCUUCAUCAAAAAUGACAUUUUACGAAAAGGAAAAAGCAGAGUAACUAGACAAACCAGUUCAGACCAGAUGGUUCAAAAUAUUCUGCAAUGGCUACAAGGAGUGUACACGCAAAAUACCAGGAGGAUUCGUCAAGGCACGUUAAGAGAAUACCUCCCACCAAGUCAAACCCAGAAACCCCGACCUUUUCAACCUGCCUAUACGACUUCAGACAACAAUGAUGGGUACCCAGCUUCUGGUUUCAAACCACAACCACCUUUUCCGUACCCAACUGUACCAGGACAAGACGGCUAUCCACAAACCAACGAAGUUAUCCCAGGGGAACCCUCCAAAGCCCCAGCAACGGGAUAUCCCGAAGGAACUUCAAGUACUUUCGCUCAACAAAGCACUACAACUUCAGGUUUCUCAACUGAUAGACCGGGAGUUUCCACUGCCUCUCCAGCAGGGUAUACUACUUCUCAACCGGGAUAUACCACACCCCAACCGGCAUAUACUACAGGAUAUUCCACCUCUACUACAGGGUAUACUUCCAGCCAGUCAUCUGAAGCAGUAACAACACAACAACCAGGAGUUCCCUCAGUAGACUACAGCACAUUAUCUCCGCAAGGUUUCACCUCGACCACUGAAGGCCCAACACCUGGGUAUUCAACACCGCAACCUGAAUACCCCACCAAUCAAGGUUUCUCAACCUCGCCGCCUGUUGAGGUAUCACCGGAAGCUUUCCCAACCUACUCUCCUAACGUCGAAGACGGAUCUAUCACCACAGGUGCUCCCAUCACCAUAGGACCAUCAACAGGUGCUCCGUUCACAACAGGACCGUCCACAUCCGCUCCUAUAACUUCCGCACCCUCAGAAACGAUUAGAGAGGAGUUGACAAGCCCUGCAGCGGAAACUACUGAGUCACCGGAAGUCAAUGAAAUCCCCACAGCCAAAACCGAUACAGGAGACAAUACAGGCACUGGCAGUGACAUAGAUGAGGAUUUGAAACACCCACCGCACAUCCACGAGAUAAACGUUGACUGUGGCAAAGAGAUGAUGACGAUCAACAUCGAGUUUAACCGCCAAUUCGACGGUAUUAUAUAUUCCAAAGGUUUUUACAGCAACCCAGAUUGCCGAUACGUGCAGGAAAACUCAGGGCAAACCAAAUACUCGUUCACAGUGAGUUUAAACACUUGCGGGACGGAGUUUGUCAACGCUUUCGAUACCGAGGGAAAAUCCUACUUGCAGAACGUUUUGGUGGUGCAAAAUGAGGCGGGUAUUCAGGAGGUGUGGGACGUUAUUAGAUCGGUGCGUUGCCUGUGGGAGGGAAGCUUAAAGGACACUUUGAGUGUGAAUUUAAGCGUUGGAAUGUUGACGCAGGAAAUCGUAACCUUCAGCGGAGAUACUGCCAUGGCGAAGUUGGACAUUCAACUGGGUAAAGGACCGUUUGCACCGGCAGCAGAUGGUUUAGUAAAGAUCGGGGAGACAAUGACGUUGGUAGUUUCAGUAUCGGGCGAUCCAGGAUUCGACUUGCAAGUUAAAGAUUGCAGAGCCACUGAUUCGACUAGCGAGAACGUCGUACCCCUUACAGACGAGAACGGUUGUGUUUUAAAACCAAAACUAUUCGGGGCAUUCCAGAAAACAAGAAACACCGGCGACACAGGUGCCUCUAUUAUGGCAUACGCUUUCUUCAACGCCUUUAAAUUCCCUGACGUUAUGGAUCUGAUGAUCGAGUGCAACAUCGAACUCUGCAAAACAGACUGCGAGGUGUGCCCUAACUCCGAUCAAAAAAUCGAACCGGGCAGGCGCAGAAAACGCGAUCUACAAUACUACAACAGCACCCUCAGUGAUGGCGUCACCAUGGGUAAACUGAUGAGGGUAAUUCUACCGGAGGAUAUCCAGGAGGCGCAGGCUUUCGUGAGUUUAAGCCACUCCGAUGGAGUUUGUAUGUCGACGCAAAGCUUCGUUUUCUCAACGGCCUUGCUGCUAUCGCUGUUGGUGGCCAGUUGCCUCUUCAGUGCCUUCAUGUGGUUGCAGAACCAACGUUUAGCAUUCCUAAAACACUAGGAUUAGUUUUUGGAACGCAACUGAAAUACUUACCCACUGCCAAUUCAUACAGCAAAGGUCAAGACAGUUUGAUAAUGACAUCUAACUUCCACCACGUAUAUUGUUCAAAAUGGCUUGACAAUGGCUGUAUUUAGUUUCCUAACGUGUCUAUUAAGUUAUUGUGUUUCGCGCAGUCCAGUAUUCUUUUAAUUAUUUAAUGUAUAUUACUUUAUAUUUAUGUAAAUAAAUCUUUAGAU